AUGGAGUUGUUAACACUGAGAAAGCUCCAGAAACAGGAAUCCAACACUGAGAGAGAAAAGGACCUGUUGCACAAAAACCAGUUACUACAAGAUGAGAUUGCUAUGCUAAGGCUAGAACUUGAUCAAGUAAGACUUAGGCACCAGGAGGAAGAAGGAGAAUAUUUAGAGGAAAAUGAGGCCUUGAAAGAAAAAAUUGAAGAUCUCAAAAAGGAACUUAAACUGAAAGAGGAAGCCUUAACACAAACAGUUUUUCAGUACAACGGACAGCUGAACUUACUAAAGACGGAAACUGCGGUCCUGGCUUCCAAACUUGAGGAGACAAAAGAAAGCAAAGACAGACUAGAGACAGAAAUGGAAUCAUUUCGUUCCCGCCUGAACAUUGCUGUGCAAGAACUUGAACGUCACCAGUCAUCGAAAACUGGUGUUGAACGAACGUUUCAGAGAGAACGUGAUGAAUGGCUUCGCUUGCAAGACAAGCUCCAUCAUGACCUCUCUGAUAUGCAAGAAACCAACAAGAGCUUGUCUCAGCAGCUGAGUAAAGCUGAAAGCAAAGCUAAUAGUCUAGAAAACGAGCUUCUCCAGUUAAAACAAACACUCAGGGAAAAAACAUUGCUCUUAGAAAUGACACAAAAGGAAUUAAGUCAAGCCCAGGCUCAGGCAAAGGAAUGUGAUCAUGCUCGACAACUUGAGAAAGAUCAAGUAGGCAAAUUUAUAAUAAAGCAGGAAUACAUGCAGGAGCAAUUGGCCCAGCUCUGGAGCGAAAACCUUUUGCUUCGUCAGCAACUGGAAGAUGUGCAGAACCAGAGGAUCAUCAAAGAGAAAGUAGUGAGCGAUGUACAGGACUGGUUUAAUGAUAUGUUCAACAAACUCAGAGCUGAUACUGAAAAGCAAGUUUGCUUAGUGGAAGAGAGAAACAAGGAAUUAAAUGCCGAGUGUACGGCUUUGAGGGAACAAGCCUUUAAUUAUGAGAUGGACAAAAUAGAAAGAGAGGGCAUGGUGAGACAGCUGCAGCAGGAGCUUGCCAAUGCUCUUAAAAAGCAAUCUGUGUCAGAAGCCUCGCUUGAAGUUACCACGUGCUACCGCAGUGACCUGGAGGAAGAAAAGCUGCACUUGCAAAAGGAAUUGGAGAAGGUUAAAACUAAGCUGCAGGAGUUGGAAGAGCAGCGUCUUCAGUCUGAGCAUUGUGUUUGUGACUUGAAGACUGCCUUGGCUAAUAAGAAAAGAGAAGAAAGAGCCCCUUCCCAGAAACUGCAGGACCUCCUAUUGGCAUCUUCUGGGACUAAUGCUACUAUUAAACAACUGGAAGAACACAUGCAAUGCGUUGAAAUUGAAAAUGCCAGACUGGAAGCUACAGUCGAGCAACAAAGCAGUAGGAUCGAAGCCCUUGAGGGAGACCUGCAAGCCUCUGCUUCCGUUCAUAACUGCCUGGAAGACUUGAUAACUGGCUUAGGGACAAGACAGGCAGCUGCAGAGGACCACCACCAGCAGCAGUGUGAGAGUGAAAGAGAGAAAGUGAAGAAGCUGGUAGAGUUGAAAUGCCCAGUUGAACUGCGUCUGGACCAAGAAACAAAAAGAAACAUCGAACCGCAGAAAGACUGCAAGAGGAUGAAGAGGCUUCUGAACAGAGCUAUGAAGAAACUAAGAGUGUAUGAGGAGAGAGAGAGAGAGUCCCAGCUUAAUUUGCAGGGAGAAAUGAAGAAUAGGUAUUCUGAAAUGGUCAGUGAAGUUGAUAGAUUGAGAACAAAGGUUGGUGAACUUUCCCAGCAACUGGAGACAGAGUCUAAAAAUUGCAAGCAGGUAGAAGCACAAAAUCAGGAUUUGCGAGAAGAGUUGUCCACCAUGCAUGUGAAACAGGAAAAACUGGAGAAGAGGAAAUGCCAGCUGAAAGAAGAGGUGGCUAACCUCAAACAUCAUUUGGAGACUAACAUGGUGGAUCGCAGCCAGAUAGAACAAUAUAAAAGAGAGAUGGAAGAACGAGCUGGCCAAGAAAUAAGACAAAAACUACAAGAAGUCAAUCUAUUUUUGCAG